AGUACCAGACAGUGUGUUACCAGACCGACCAGUGACCGCACGUCCACACUAUUCUAAAAUAAACGCCGUCGCCGUCCGGUUAAAAAAUAAACCGCGUCGUGUUGCGGUUGUAUAUGAAAACUCAUCUGAAACACACCGACGCACGUAACCGGACGGGUCGCGUUAUUACACGUCCGAUAUUAUUUUUUAAUUUUGAUUAUUACCACUAUAUUAUCUAAUAAUAUAACAUAUUUUAAAUACAUUUAAAAAAUGUUUGAUGUGGAUAAAUUCAUUAAAUGUAUUCAUAAUAAUAAUGCGAUUUGGGAGACAAGUUCGAAACAAUAUAUGGACAAGAAUAUGAAAACCCAAAGUUGGGUAAAUGUUGGACAAGCUGUCUAUGAAGACUGGGACGAGUUAUCAACAACUGAAAAAGAUGACCGAGUUAAAUAUUUGAAAAAUCGUUGGAGGCAUAUACGCGAUGGGUAUUCUAAAUUUUUAAACCAUGGUAAAAAAGGAAAAUCAGCCAAGAAAAAAAAAUUUGCUUACUCAAAAUCCUUAACGUUUUUACAACAGGUUCUAAUAAAAAGAAAAACGUCAAGUAACAUAGAAAAUCGUGAAAAUAAAGAUAACGAGGACAAUAUUUCGAUAGGUGAAAAUGAAAUAGAAAAUACUGAAGAACCGUUAUCAACGCCAAUGGCUUCAACUUCUGACGCAGCUCGUUCAAGCAUAACAUAUAUUACCGCGGAAAAAAAAAGAACAUACCUUAAUCCUUUUAAAACCGCAUUACUGGAAUGUUUUGCAGAUUCCCUAAGUAACGAAAAUGAUAUCGACCCUGAUAAGGCAUUUCUUCUUUCCAUCUUACCGGAUUAUAAAAGUUUGGAUCGAGCAAAAAAAUUAGAUUUUCGUCAAUAUAUUUUAGACUUUUUUAAAAAUCAAAACUCCUCUACUCAAUAGAACACACAUCAAUCACAGCUAAAUUAAUAUCAACAUUAUUUAAAACAGAUAUACACUGAUCAGUUACCCUAUCAACCAUUUACACUACAUCAUCGAACAUCCAUUGCCUCAUCAAUAUCAACACAUACCACCAUAUUAACAUCAGUAUCAAUAUCUAACAAACCAAGACCACUACCAAUCUUUGAAACAUAAUUUUGAUAUACCUGCACCAUAAUUUAGAUGAAAUUUAUUAGAUUUCAUCUAUUCUGUACUUGCGUUUCCUUCAGUAUCUGCUUAUUCCGUUAAUAAUGUAUCAGAAGAAACUCUAAAAUACCAAUAGCAAAAAAAUAUAUUUGUUUCCUAGACCAUUUUUAUUAAAAUGUUUUCCAAAGAGACUUUUUCAGUUUAUUAAAAUGUAUUCAUUUACUAUUAUUAUAUUUACAUAUAAUUUUUUGGUGAUUGAUAAUAAAAUAUUUUUAUUUCUGUAUUCAAUAAUGAAGUAUUCAUUAUAAGGGACUGUUUUAAUUGUAUACAUUUUAUUGUAUCAAUUUAUUAUACUAUUAGUAAUAUGUACAACAAAAAAGUAACAACUGUACGUAUAACAGUUUAUUGACAUACUGUCAUUAAUAUAUUAGGUAGGUAUAUAUACAUAUUCCAUUUGAGUUUUGU